AUGACACUUAUUGCUAAAGAAAAAUUGUUAGCACUUUUACUUGAAUAUCCUAAACCAGCUGGUAUUGUUAUGGGUUAUGGUACAGCCGGUUUUCGUGCUCGAGCUGAUACACUUCCAUGGCAAAUGAUUCGAAUUGGUCUUCUAGCUGCAAUGCGUUCUAAAGUUAAACAAGCUUGCGUCGGUGCAAUGAUUACAGCUUCACAUAAUCCUGAACAAGAUAAUGGUGUUAAAUUAAUUGAUCCAUAUGGUGAAAUGCUUGAUCAAACAUGGGAAGUCUAUGCAAAUAAUUUAUCUAUGCUUGAUGAUGAUAUUCAUGUAUUAUGGGAUUAUUUGGAAACCUUAAUGACUCAAUUGAAUAUUCAACCACAUGAUGAAGCAAUUGUUGCUAUUGCAUAUGAUACUCGACAAAGUAGUCCACUCUUGGCAAGUAUUCUUAAACGAGCCGCCCAAGCUUUAUAUACAACUAUUAUGGAUUUUGAACUUAUGACAACACCACAACUUCAUUAUGCUGUUCGUUGUUAUAAUGAUGAUGGUCAAUAUGGACAUUAUACUGAAGCUGGUUAUUUUGAUAAAUUAUGUACAGCAUUUCAAAAUUUACUUGAAAUGACACCUAAUACUCAACGUCUUGAACCACUUGCUGUUGAUGCUGCAAAUGGCAUUGGUGCUAUGAAAUUAGCAUAUAUGCGUCAAACAUUAGCUAAAUUUAUUCAAAUUGAAAUUUUUAAUGAUGGAACAAGAGGACAUUUAAAUGAUAAAUGUGGUGCUGAUUAUGUUAAACUUUAUCAAAAAACACCUGAAGGUUUACCAUUAGCAAGUUAUACGAAAUAUUGUUCGAUUGACGGUGAUGCUGAUCGUUUAAUUUAUUUUUUUAUGGAUAAAAAUCAACAAUUUCGUUUACUUGAUGGUGAUCGAUUUUCCGUCUUAUUUGCUUCUUUUCUUUCAAUUAAAUUGAACGAAGCAAAACUAUUCGAUGAUGUUAAAAUAGGUGUCAUACAAACAGCUUAUGCUAAUGGUAGUUCAACAAAUUAUAUCGUCAAUACCAUGAAAGUUCCAGUAGCAUGUGUACCAACUGGUGUUAAACAUUUACAUCAUAAAGCACUCGAUUAUGAUAUUGGUAUUUAUUUUGAAGCUAAUGGACAUGGAACAAUCAUAUUUAGCGAUGAUUUAAAGAGUAAAAUUAAAUUAGCAAUCGAUGAUCCCAAUCGAACAAUGGAAGAACGUUUAGCUGCAAAUCAAAUACGAGCAUUUAUUAAUAUAAUUAAUGAAACUGUUGGUGAUGCUAUUGCUGAUUUAUUAGCAACUGAAGUUAUUCUUUCGAUAUUACAUUUAAAUCUUGAUGGAUGGUUAAAUUUAUAUGAUGAUUUACCACAACGACAAUUGAAAGUAGCAGUUAGAGAUCGAACUAUGAUACAAACAACGGAUGCUGAACGACGUUGUAUUGCUCCUGCUCAUUUACAAGAUUGUAUUGAUGAACUUGUUUCGAAAUAUCCAUCAGGUCGUGCAUUUGUUCGACCAUCGGGUACUGAAGAUAUUGUUCGUGUUUAUGCUGAAGCAACAACACAAGUUGAAGCUGAUAAAUUAGCUGAUGAAGUACGUAAAGUUGUAGAAGAAUUAACCAAGUGA